UGGGAUUCAGCCAUUUUCGAAGCCAAGUUGAAAAAGGAGAAUAACGGCACACUCCCAUAAAACACUAUCCGUCUCUUUCACUUUUUCAAUCAUCCAGUCAAUCAGAUUGUAUAAAACCUUCGAUUUUCCAAGUGGGUUUUUUCUUUUUUCUUUUUUCCAAUUUAUAAUUGAAUCAGUGUUCUUGGCUUCUUUUUAUGAUCCUUUCUGUUUUCGAAUUGAUCGGAUGACGCUAUUAGAUUUCAAGAUUGGGUCGCGAUUUUAGUGGAUUAUAUGAAUGGAUUUAUUGCGGUGAAGGUUGAUUGAUUGAUCAAUCAGAGUCCCACAAAAUGAGCACUGGCAGGCAAACGGUGACGGCUCGAGACCUUAUCGAUGAAGCCAAGAAACGGAUCGUUUUUCUGUUCAUGUGCGUUGUUGGACUCUCGUAUCUCAUGUCCUUGACAAGCGCCUCGGUGUUGGUAAACUUGCCUGCUGCGCUUCUCUUAAUCGUUAUGCUUCGUUAUUUUGCUUUGGAUUAUGACCUGCGGAGGAAAACCGCAUCAUAUAGCAGAAUUCCAUCCUCAGCCCACACUUUUUCUCAAAAGAAGCAGUCUGUGGAGCCUACAUUUCUCUCAGGAAAGUCUGAGUGGAGAAAGAAAGUAAAUUCUCCUGUUGUUGAGGAUGCAAUAGAUCAGUUUACCAGACAUAUAGUUUCCGAGUGGGUCACUGAUCUCUGGUACUCCCGCGUAACCCCCGACAAACAAGGUCCGGAUGAGUUGGUGCUGAUCAUUAAUGGUGUGCUUGGGGAGUUCUCUAGCCGCAUGAGAAAUAUCAACCUUAUCGACCUUCUGACAAGGGACAUCAUCAAACUUUUAUGCACCCACUUGGAACUUUUCCGUGCAUGUCAGAUGAAGAUUAUGAACCAGCAGUCUCUGACAAUUUCACAACGAGAUAUAGAACUCAAAGCGGUGCUUUAUGCUGAGAAUAAGUUGCACCCUGCUUUAUUUUCUGCUGGAGCUGAGUACAAGGUUCUACAACAUCUUAUGGAUGGUUUCAUCUCUUUAACGUUCAGGCCUGAGGAUCUACAAUGCUCUUUAUUUCGCUAUAUAGUCAGGGAAAUGCUUGCUUGUGCAGUAAUAAGACCUGUUAUGAAUUUAGCCAACCCGAGGUUCAUUAAUGAAAGGAUUGAAAACCUGGUAAAUUCAGCAAGAAAGACCAAUAAAGGAGCUAACACAGAAGAAGUGAACUCACAGUCCGAGCCAAAGGGAUCUCCAAAACUCUCUAGUCAACCGUCUAUGGUGCUAGAUCCUUCUGUAAAGGGUGUUGAACUCACACUGUUAAAGAAAGAGAAUUCUGAUUCCACCAUAGACAAAGUUGCAGACAAUCUUCAUGCAAAAGAUCCGUUGCUUUCAAUGGAUACAAGAUCUACUUAUUCCUUGAGUUCUUUCCCGUCAGACACUGGAACCAGCAAACACCACUCUGGAGGAGAAAGGGGUGACAAAUUAGACAUAAUUUCUCGUAGAAAAACCGAAGCUUUGGCUCCUGAGAAUUUUGAGAAUAUGUGGGCAAAAGGUAGAAACUACAAAGCAAAAGAAAGCGUGAACCGUGUUGCAGAGUCUCUCCGUCAAAAUUCUUCAGCCAAGUCAUCAAAUUCGGUCAAUCACUCGAAGACAUUGCCUUCGCACCCGCAGAAAUAUAACCGACCAUGGCCUUCUUUGGGCACUUCUUAUGAAGAAGAUGAGGAUGAGGAUGAAGAUGAGGAGGAAUCAAGAAGCAGCCGAGAUUAUUCUACGGAAGAUGAAGAAAACAGUAACAUUACGGGUUUAAAUUCUCCGGGAACUAAAGUCUGGGAUGGUAAAAGUAAUAGGAAUCACUCCGUUACUCACAUUCAUCACCCACUUGAAAGUUUCGAAGGCCAGAAGAUGAGGAAAACUGGGAAAGGUUUUUCAAAGCCCGAAGGUUCACCAAAAGGACAUCCGGGUAGAAAAAGAUCAAGAGUAAGCAAUCAGAAGGAGGAAGUGUGGCAUGAAGUUGAAAGAAAGACCUUUCUACUGGGAGAUGGGCAAGAUGUUUUGAGUUCUUCCAAAGGGCAUUCGAGAUCAGGUGAUUCUAGUGGUGAUUCUGAUGGAGAGUCAUUGGGAAGAACGUAUAGCGGAAUAAGUGCUUCAUCUUCUCUCCCUUCGAUUACUAUUCCUGAAAGUAUCAACAGUUCAGUCAUUAAGUCCCAAAAAAGUUUACCGUUGGAUGAUUCGUUUUUUAGACUAAGAUGUGAGGUGUUGGGUGCCAAUAUUGUGAAGUGUGGCUCUAAGACUUUCGCUGUUUAUCCCAUCUCUGUUACGGAUGUGAAUAAUGUUAGCUGGUCUAUCAAACGAAGGUUUCGACAUUUUGAGGAGUUACAUCGGCGUCUUAAGGAGUAUGCAGAGUAUAAUCUUCAUCUCCCACCAAAGCAUUUUCUAUCAACGGGACUCGAUGUGCCCGUCAUCCAAGAACGUUGUAAAUUGCUUGACAUAUAUUUGAAGAGACUUAUGCAACUUCCAACUAUUUCUGGAUCUAUUGAAGUUUGGGACUUCCUUAGUGUUGAUUCUCAGACAUAUAGUUUCUCAAAUUCCAUAUCCAUAAUUGAAACUCUUUCAGUUCAUUCAGCCACAACUGUUCGUGAAAAGAGUUCGGGGGUUGGUAAUGAUGUUAGAUUUGUAGGGGAUCCCUUGAGUUCUAAAAGAGAACUUUCAGAUGCUGUGAUGAAAAAUUCUUCGUCAGAAAUAAAACAUAAGAACGUUGUCUUAUCUCUUGGAAAACCAACAAAGGAACUUGGAAAACCAUCUGAGGAUUCAGAUAGCGACUCUGAAAUUGGCGUUCGAAGUAAAUUAUAUAUGGCCGGAAAGCCAGAGCAGACUUUAAAGGGACUGGAAGACAGUAAUUUACAUGCACCAUCUGGGAUGCUUAUAGAUGACGAUGAUGAUGAUUCAGUACUCCCUGAGGAGUGGGUGCCACCAAAUUUAAGCGUCCCAAUAUUAGAUCUUGUUGAUGUUGUUUUCCAGCUUCAAGAUGGUGGUUGGAUCAGGAGGAAGGCCUUCUGGGUGGCCAAGCAGGUUCUACAGCUGGGCAUGUCAGAUGCUUUCGAUGAUUGGUUAAUUGCGAAAGUCCAACUCCUACGUAGGGGCUCUAAUGUUGCUUCAGGAAUCAAGCGGCUUGAGCAGAUACUUUGGCCAGAUGGGAUAUUCAUAACGAAGCACCCAAAGCGACAGCAGCCGCCAACCGCCUCCUCAAAGGUGGCGGCUGCCCAAGUUUCACCUCCUCCAUCGCCACGAUAUCCACCAAGUGAUGAGGAAACGUUGACAUGGGAAGAGAUUCGAGAACAGGAAGCCAAACAACGCUCUAAACUAGUUUACGAGCUAAUGAUCGAUAAGGCACCAGCGGCUGUUGUUGGUCUUUUUGGUCGAAAGGAGUAUGAACAGUGUGCGAAAGAUGUCUAUUACUUUAUUCAGUCAUCUGUAUGUCUAAAGCAAUUAGCUUUUGACCUUCUUGAGUUGCUGUUAAUGUCUGCAUUUCCGGAACUGGAUUUCGUGUUCCAACAGUUGCAAGACGAAAAACACAAGUUUGGAGUUCUUGAACAGUAGCAUUCUUACUAUCAUAUAUUGUCUAGAGUUUUGAUUUAACUCGGAGUGAUCUUUUUUCACCGGGUGUUUACCCUAUUUUUUCUUUCUUUAAUACAUGGUUGUCGGGGGCGCCAUGCCCGUGUCAAAAUUUUCUUCACGGUGAAAAGGUAAUUAGGGUAUAUGCAGUGGAUGAGAACUGUAAAUAUGUUUUCUGAGUUUUUGGAGAGUUUGUUACAACAAAUAUGAUGCUGGAAUACACAAUAACAUUAGACAUUGUUUUGCAGUUUUUGAUAUUUGAACUAUGGAAGUUGGGUCCUUUUUU